CCUGCUGGUAUUUAAGUGUGAUGUCAUUGCUUCAGCGGCUCACUGCACCAGCAGCCAAUGAGCAUUUGUGAAAUCAGUCCACCUGUGUGAGAUUGUCUGGAGGAUCACAAGCUCGCCGUGAUACACACUUUCCUACAGUCAGAGGAGAGCAACUCGUGCACAUUUCAGAGGGAAGAAGAGUAUCGCCGCAGUACCAGCAGCUCAACAGGUGGGAUUAAGGUUGAAAACAUCAUGUUGGGCCUCCAGAAGUCUCCCACCACAGCAGCUCUCUGUUUGCUCCUUCUGUGCACCUUGCUACCCAGCUCUGAUGCCCGCCGUGGCCGUGGAGGUGGCGGCGGUGGUUUUGGUCGAGGUGGUGGUGGUGGAUACAGCCGUGGGUGGGGUGGUCAGUCCUACAAACCCGCACCCGUCCAGGUACCUGUCCAGAACAGAGGUCCAAGUGCAGGGAAGGUGGCUGGAGCUGCAGCUGCAGGAGCAAUAGGAGGAGCGAUGAUCGGGUCUGCGCUGAGCCGCCCGGGGUAUGGGUAUGGGUACGGAGGAUAUGGAGGAUACGGAGGGUAUGGGGGAUAUGGUGGAUAUGGACCAGGGUAUGGUCCCCCUCGAUAUGGAGGUGGCUAUGGCCCAAGGCCUGCCUAUGAGCCUGAAGGCUCUGGAGACAUGGAGUACUACACCGGAGCAUCCAGCGGUCCCAUCUACAACAGUAUCAUUGUAGUCAUUGGGUUUGUGGUGUCCCACCUGAUGGGCCACUGGGUGGCACUCGUGUAGAACUGAAAUCCCAAAAAUAAAUCCGAAACCUGUCAGAGAACAACCCAUAACCUGGCACAGAGGAGGACCAUUUUAAAGUCACACCUGACCUAAAGUCUGAUUCAUCUCUGCGAUUCUUCACUGAACUGUAAAGAAAACGUGAAAAAGCAACGGCAUCGGUGAGAUUUAUGCUUCAGAAAUGAAAAGUUCUACUUCACAAAGUCAUUUGACAGAUUUGAUGUUGUAAACAACUAUUUGCACUAUGUCCUUCUCUUGUUUUUCCCUUUCUGAGGCCACGUUUUUGUACUUUAAUGAUAUGGCAGUGAUGAUAUCACUAAUACAGAUAGAUCUAGGAAUGUCACAAUAGAAGCUCUUUCUCUAAUAAAAGCUAGAUUACUAUUCUGAUUGAGUCUACCUCAGGAUUAGGGUCUUAAGCAGCUACACUCUUAUUGUAGUGCCAUUAAUUAUUAUGUGCAAAUUACAAAUAUUUAAAGUGUACAAUUGCUUACUCUACAUAUAUUAAUUAUUGGUAUCACAUUUUUUAACAUGCACUAUGAUACCAGUAAGUAUUUUGGACUCAGCUGUUUAUUGUAAAUUUUUGAGAGCUAAAUUUUUUGACAUGUUUUGUUUCUUCUGGAGAUUUAUAUAUAGAAACGCAUUUACUUCUGUUUAUUUGUGUGAUGUUAAUAAAAAAUGUUAAUUGUAUGGCAUGAUUUAUUAAUAUUUAGAUACAAGGACAUAAAUAGGACAUGACAUUUAAAUGAAUAUUAUGAGAUUAUUUUCAGUAUUAGAAAUAACACGAUUUUGUUUUCCAUAACUGGUAAUAUUUUUUCUUAAAGUGACUUCAGUGGUCAUCCACAAAUUGAUGUUUUAAAUGCUAAGCAACAUGUUUCUAUGUAUGGUUAAAAAAAAAAGCAAAAUAAAAGGUAUUAGCUCUGUUUUCAUACACUGAUUAAUAAAACUUUUUUUUUAAAAAGCCUCUUCAGUUCAGCUGAUUUGCUUCGUCUCUAUUCUAACCAAGACGAAAACCACAUUGCUCUUCCUCUAUCUGAGAUUCAACUAUCGAUUGGACCCUCCUCUCCAGUACCUUGGAGUAGACCUUUCCAGGGAGGCUGAGGAGUGUGAUCCCCCUAUAGUUGGAACACAGCCUCAGGUCACCCUUCUUAAAGAUGGGGACCACCACCCCGGUCUGCCACUCCACAGGAACUGCCCCCGAUGACCACGCAAUGUUGCAGAGACGUGUCAACCACGACAGCCCUACAACAUCCAUAGACUUGAGAUACCCAGGACGAAUCUCAUCCGCCCCCGGGGCUCUGCCGCUGUGUAGUUGUUUGACUACCUCAGCAACUUCUGCCCCCGAGAUUGGACAGUCCAUCCCCAGGUCUCCCGACUCUGGUUCCUCGUCGGAAUGCACGUAGGUGGGAUUGAGGAGCUCCUCAAAGUAUUCCUUCCACCGUCCGACUAUAGCCCCAGUUGACGUCAGCAGCUCCCCAUCCCCACUGUAAACAGUGUGAGCGAGUUGCUGCCUUCCUCUCCUGAGGCGCCGUACAGUUUGCCCGAACCUCUUUGGAGCCGAUCGAUGGUCUUUCUCCAUGGCCUCACCAAACUCCUCCCACGCCACACCUUGCGACCACAGCUAGCAACAGCCGCCUCAACAAUCGCAGAGUGGAACAAGGCCCAUUCAGAGUCAAUGUCCCCCACUGCUCUCGGGACGCGGUCAAAGCUCUGCCGGAGGUGGGAGUUGAAGACUGUCUUGACAGGUUCUUCUGCCAGGCGUUCCCAGCAGACCCUCACUAUGCGUUUGGGUCUGCCAGGUCUACGCGGCAUCUUCCCCUGCCAUCUGAUCCAACUCACCACCAGGUGGUGAUCAGUUGACAGCUCCGCUCCUUUCUUCACUCGGGUGUCCAAAACAUACGGCCGCAGGUCAGAUGAUACGACUACGAAGUCUAUCAUCGACCUGCGACCUAGGCUGCCCUGGUACCAAGUGUACUGAUGGGCAUCCUUAUGUUCGAACAUGGUGUUCGUUAUGGCCAAACUACGGCUUGCACACAAGUCCAAUAACGAAACACCACUUGAGUUCAGAUCAGGCGGGCCGUUCCUCCCAGUCACACCCCUCCAGGUCAUGCUGCCAUUGCCCACAUGAGCAUUGAAGUCCCCCAGCAGGACAAUGGACUCCCCUGAUGGAGCACUAUCCAGCAUUCGUCCCAGG